AUGCCGGUGGGGCCGGCGCUGCUGCUGCGAGGCGCCUUCGUCGUCCUCCUCCUCCUCGUCCUGCUGCUGCUCUCCCUCGGCUCCCCGGCCCGAGCAGCCGUCUACACCAACCAGUUCUUGGUGGAGCUGCACGGCGGGGACCAGGCGGAGGCCGAGCGGGUGGCGGCGGAUCACGGCUUCGGAGGGGUGCGCAAGCUCCCUUUUCUAGAUACUGGUUACUACUUCUAUCACAAUGGCAUUGCCAAGGCCAGAAGAAGACGAAGUCUUCACCAUAAGCUUCAUCUGGAAAAGGAUUCCAGGGUCAAGAAGGCUGUGCAGCAGGAAGGCUUCAGCAGAAGAAAGCGAGGAUAUAGGGACAUCAAUGACAUUGACAUCAACAUGAAUGAUCCUUUAUUUACGAAGCAGUGGUACUUGAUUAACACUGGUCAAGCAGAUGGGACGCCUGGACUUGAUCUUAAUGUAGCUGAGGCGUGGGAGCUGGGAUACACAGGGAAAGGAGUUACCAUAGGAAUUAUGGAUGAUGGAAUUGAUUAUCUGCAUCCUGAUCUUGCCUCUAAUUAUAAUGCCCAAGCUAGCUACGAUUUCAGCAGUAAUGAUCCCUACCCUUACCCCCGCUAUACAGAUGACUGGUUCAACAGCCACGGGACUCGAUGUGCAGGAGAGGUGUCUGCAGCUGCCAACAACAACAUCUGUGGUGUGGGAGUCGCCUACAACUCCAAGGUGGCAGGUAUUCGGAUGCUUGACCAGCCAUUUAUGACAGACAUUAUUGAGGCGUCCUCUAUCAGUCACAUGCCUCAGGUCAUAGAUAUCUACAGUGCCAGCUGGGGGCCAACUGAUAAUGGAAAGACUGUGGAUGGGCCUAGAGAGCUAACACUACAAGCAAUGGCAGACGGUGUGAACAAGGGCCGGGGAGGAAAAGGAAGCAUCUACGUCUGGGCCUCUGGAGAUGGGGGCAGCUACGAUGACUGCAACUGUGACGGUUAUGCAUCAAGUAUGUGGACAAUCUCCAUCAAUUCUGCAAUAAAUGAUGGACGGACUGCUCUGUAUGAUGAAAGCUGCUCUUCAACCCUAGCCUCCACAUUCAGUAAUGGGAGGAAGAGAAAUCCGGAGGCUGGCGUGGCUACAACAGACUUGUAUGGCAACUGCACCCUGCGUCACUCAGGAACGUCUGCAGCUGCCCCUGAAGCAGCAGGAGUGUUUGCCUUGGCGCUGGAGGCUAACUUGGAUCUGACCUGGAGAGACAUGCAGCAUCUGACAGUUCUCACCUCCAAAAGGAACCAGCUUCACGAUGAAGUUCAUCGGUGGCGUAGGAAUGGUGUUGGGCUGGAGUUCAAUCAUUUGUUUGGCUAUGGUGUCCUAGAUGCAGGAGCAAUGGUUAAGAUGGCAAAAGACUGGAAGACCGUUCCCGAGAGAUUCCACUGUGUUGGGGGGUCAAUACAGGAACCUGAAAAGAUACCACCAAGUGGCAAGUUAGUCCUCACACUUACAACUGAUGCUUGUGAGGGGAAGGAGAAUUUUGUCCGUUACCUUGAACACGUCCAAGCAGUUAUAACUGUGAAUUCAACUCGGCGAGGAGACCUCAACAUCAACAUGACCUCGCCAAUGGGAACGAAGUCCAUCCUACUGAGCCGACGUCCAAGGGAUGAUGACUCCAAGGUGGGUUUUGACAAAUGGCCUUUCAUGACCACGCACACUUGGGGAGAAGACCCCCGAGGCACCUGGGUUCUAGAGAUUGGGUUUAUUGGCGGUGCGCCGCAGCGGGGUGUGCUGAAGGAGUGGACACUGAUGCUGCACGGGACCCAGAGCGCACCAUACAUAGACCAAAUAGUAAAAGAUUAUCAGUCCAAACUGGCCAUGUCCAAGAAGGAAGAGCUGGAAGAAGAAUUAGAUGAAGCAGUGGAGAGAAGCCUGAAGAGUAUACUGAGCAAGAACUAGAGCUGUUCUGCAUGAGUGUCUUUCCUUUCCCAGAUCCUUCUGUUCACCUUUCUGCUAUCCAAACCUCUGUGUUAGACAUAUAACAAUGAUCGUCUCUGUAGCCAAAUUAUCACUUUCUUGAUUUUAAAGUCUUAUAUAUUGUCAAUAAUUAUUUUAAUCACCACCAAAGCAAUCAUUUUUUUACUCUAAACCACAAAUAUAUUGUCCCCCACCAAAUAACUAUGUACAGUUUGUGACUGUAAAUGAUUUUUCUUUUGUGUCAUACAAAUAGGUAAUACCUGUAAACAUGCCAAUAGCUAUUCCCUUCAUAUUUUUGUGGUAUCUGUUGUUUGUAUUUAAAAAAAAAACAACAAAAAAAGUGAAUUUUAAUAUAGGCUGUUGAUGAUAAUGGGUGCAUUUUAAAAAAUUAUUGUGAAAGAGGGAAUUUACAAAGAGGUUGGCUGGAGAGGUCUUUGAAUGUCUAACAGCUCCUUUUGAAUCAUGGGCUUCUGUGGGAACUUCCCCACUGAGUUCAACCAAAAUAGCACUAGACCCUAGAAAAAGAGAUGAUCUAGAGAUGAAAAAUUUUCAGUCCAAUUUUUGGAAACCGGUUUUAGAGUUUUCUUUAGUAUAAACACAUAGACAGUAUACACAUUAGCACUUCAGCCACAGAAUGGUUCUGCAACAAGCAUGCAAUUGGGAAGGCAAGGCAAUGCUAGGGCCAGGUGAUAAAGGGAAGUGCAUUGCAAACAGUCAGGGCAUUCUAGAAGCACAAAUUUCAGAGCGGGUUGUUUUUUGUUAUUAUUAUGUUGUUAAUUUAGAUCAGCUUACCAUCUUACAGUGGUAUGAGUACGUAGGGAAUGAUCUGUAAGGUUUCUUGCAACCUGUGUGCCAAAGUGCAUCUGUCCACCUCUAUACUUAAUGCUCUAUACUACAGCAGCAGAAGAUGCAGCCAUCUCAGCAUUUCCAAUCUCAGACCCCUGUUUUCUGGGGUUUUCAGCCUGGCUGUCAGCAAAUUGCUGUGGGAAAUAAGAAAAACGCAGCUUGAGUCCCCAAACCAUUUUAAUUCAAAUUUCACUUUUAAAAAUAGAGAUUUGUUAUUUUUGUGUUAUACAAAUAUAUUUAAGGAGAAAAAUAUGCCUAUGUAAUUUAUGUGUAAUGCAACGUUGGCCUUCUUCGGAAAAUAAAAUAUAGUGCAUUUGGGAAGAUUUGUCAGUAAUUCUUGCUUUUGGUGUCAGUCCCACCUUCAGCUUUCACACGUAAGUCUGUCUCACCUGCCUUGGGGUCUGCUCUGGCUGUUGCCACAUCACGCUCCCCUCUGUGUGGACUCAAGGUAACAACCACUACAGGUUCUCAAGUGUGAGAGCCCAAAUUGAACGUCUGAGAAAUAAAGGGUCUUGAUUCUGCAAGUACUGCACUCACAGUAACAGCAGCAGACCUACUGAAGCAUUGAUGUGAAGCAGGUGCUUAAGAUGUCGGAAGGAUCCAACAUCCACUGCUUAGACAUUCACUGUUUUGGCAGUGACUGGUUUCAGAGUUUUAUUAUGUAUUUUUAAUAUACAGAGUAUUCAUCUAAAUUGUUUUACUAAGAAUCUUCCUGGUUAAUCAGGUGUGCAGUGGCAGAAACAUAGUAAGCAAAUAAAUAUUUAUCUAAUAAAUUAAAAAUGUAACCCAAAGGUUAUAUGGUGCGUACGUUUCACUUAAAAAUGUAUAACUUCUUGUUACUUCAAGUGAAUAUCCAUCUUCUAUCCUUCCAUCAGGCCUGUUCUUUCCUUUCCAAAUACAAAUGCAAAAUAAAGAGCUAAAUCUAC